AUGCAAACAGCUGAUCCCAAGACUUACAAGCCACUCAAGCAAAUUGAUAAAAACUAGAGAGGAUAUGGAUUAAAAUAAAUUGCCUAAAUGACUCUUGGUUCAGGCAAUAUGUUGUUGGCAGUUGAAUUACCAAAUGGGGAAGACUUAAAUGAAUGGUUGGCUGUCAACACAAUCGAAUUUUAUAAUGAGAUUUCAAUUCUAUAUGGUACACUCGUAGAAUUCUGCACUCCUGAACUGUGUCCAAUCAUGUCAGCUGGCCCCAAAUAUGAAUAUCUGUGGGCAGAUGGAUAGAAUGUUAAAACUCCUCUCAAAGUCUCUGCUUCGGAAUACAUCGAUUAUUUAAUGACUUGGGUGGAGAACUAACUCAAUAAUGAUUCUUUGUUCCCAUGUUAAAUUGGAAUUCCCUUUCCAAAAACAUUCUUAUCUGUCGUUAAGGUUAUUUUUAAGAGAUUGUUUAGAGUUUAUGCACAUAUUUAUCACUCCCACUUUCAGCAUAUUAUGGCACUUGAAUUGGAAUACCAUUUGAAUACUUGUUUCAAGCAUUUCAUAUAUUUCAUUGAUGAAUUCAAACUAGUUGAAGAUAAGGAACUCGCUCCUUUGGCAGAGCUGAUUCAGUAAUUCAAAGCAAGAAAGGAAAAUCCAACCAUGAAUUAGGGUGUGUGA